AUGAUCAUUCCAUCAGUAAGUUCUUUCUUUCUUUCCUUCUUUCUUUCUUUCACCCUUAUUUUUCAUUCUUUCUUUCACCAUUAUUUUUUUUCUUUCUUUCUUUCUUUCUUUCUUUCUUCCUUUCACCCUUAUUUUUCUUUCAUUCUUUCUUUCUUUCUUUCUUUCUUUCUUUCUUUCUUUCUUUCACCCUUAUCUUUCUUUCUUUCUUUCUUUCUUUCUUUUUCUUUCUUUCAACCUUUUUUUCUUUCUUUCUUUCUUUCUUUCUUUCUUUCUUUCUUUCUUUCUUUCUUUCUUUCACCCUUAUUUUUCUUUCUUUCUUUCUUUCUUUCUUUCUUUCUUUUUCUUUCUUUCUUUCUUUCACCCUUAUUUUUCUUUCUUUCUUUCUUUCUUUCUUUCUUUCUUUCUUUCUUUCUUUCUUUCAACCUUAUUUUUCUUUCUUUCUUUCUUUCUUUCACCUUUAUUUUUUCAUUCUUUUUCUUUUUAUUUUUUCUUUCUUUCUUUCUUUUCUUUCUUUCUUUCUUUCUUUUUCUUUCCUUUAUUUUUUUCUUUCUUUCCUUCACCCUUUUUUUCUUUCUUUUCUUUGUUUCCUUCACCCUUAUUUUUUCUUUCUUUCUUUCUUUCUUUCUUUUUUUCUUUCCUUUCUUUCUUUCUUUCACCUUUAUUUUUCAUUCUUUCGUUCACCAUUAUUUUUUUCUUUCUUUUUUUCUUUCUUUCUUUCUUUCUUUCUUUCUUUCUUUCUUUCUUUCUUUUUCACCUUUAUUUUUCUUUUCAUUUUUCUUUCUUUCACCCUUAUUUUUCUUUCUUUCUUUCUUUCCUUCACCCUUAUUUUUCUUUCUUUCUUUCUUUCUUUCUUUCUUUCUUUCUUUCUUUCUUUCUUUCUUUCUUUCUUUCACCCUUAUUUUUCUUUCUUUCUUUCUUUCACCCUUAUUUUUCUUUCUUUCUUUCUUUCCUUCACCCUUAUUUUUCUUUCUUUCUUUCUUUCUUUCUUUCUUUCUUUCUUUUUAUUUUUUCUUUCUUUCUUUCUUUCUUUCUUUUUCUUUCUUUUCUUUCUUUCUUUCUUUCUUUCUUUCUUUCUUUCUUUCACCCUUAUUUUUCUUUUUUUCUUUCUUUCUUUCACCCUUAUUUUUCUUUCUUUCUUUCACCCUUAUUUUUCAUUCUUUCUUUCUUUUUUUUCUUUCUUUCUUUCUUUCUUUCUUUCUUUCUUUCUCUCGUUCUUUCUUUCUUCCUCUCUCUCUCUCUCUCUCUCUCUCUCUCUCUCUAUCUAUCUAUCUAUCUAUUCGUACCUAUCUGUUUUGUUUGUUUGUAAGGCAGUUUUUUCAUGCAUAUCUAUCUUACUAUCUGGGUGUCAUGAUCAUUCCAUCAGUAAGUUCUUUCUUUCUUUCCUUCUUUCUUUCUUUCACCCUUAUUUUUAAUUCUUUCUUUCACCAUUAUUUUUUUUUCUUUUCUUUUUUCUUUCUUUUCUUUCUUUCUUUUCUUUCUUCCUUUAUUUUUUCUUUUUUUUUUUUCUUUCUUUCUUUCUUUCUUUCUUUCUUUCUUUCACCCUUAUUUUUUCUUUCUUUUCUUUCUUUUCUUUCUUUCUUUUUUCUUUCACCCUUAUUUUUCUUUCUUUCUUUCUUUUCUUUCUUUUUUCUUUUCUUUCUUUUCAAUUUUUUUUUUUUCUUUCUUUCUUUCUUUCUUUCUUUCUUUCUUUCUUUCUUUCCUUUUUUUUUUUCUUUCUUUCUUUCCUUCACCUUUUUUUCUUUCUUUCUUUCUUUCCUUCACCUUAUUUUUCUUUUUUUCUUUUUCUUUUUUUCUUUUUCUUUCUUUUCUUUCUUUCUUUUCUUUCUUUCUUUUUUUUCAAUUUCUUUUUUUCUUUCCUUCUUUCUUUCUUCAAUUCUUUCUUUCACCAUUAUUUUUUUAUUUUUCUUUCUUUCUUUCUUUCUUUUUCUUUCUUUCACCCUUUAUUUUUUCAUUUUUCUUUUCCCUUAUCUUUCUUUCUUUCUUUCUUUUUCUUUCUUUCUUUCUUUCACCUUAUUUUUCUUUUAUUGCUUUCUUUUUUCUUUCUUUCUUCACCUUAUUUUUCUUUCUUUCUUUCUUUCUUUCACCAUUAUUUUUCUUUCUUUCUUUCUUUUCUUUCUUUUAUUUUCUUUCUUUUUUUCUUUCUUUCUUUUUUCUUUAUUUUUCUUUCUUUUUUCUUUCUUUCUUUCUUUUCUCACCUUAUUCUUUCUUUUUCUUUCUUUUUUCUUUCUUUUUUCUUUUCUUUUCUUUUUUUCUUUCUUUCUUUUUUCUUUCUUUCCACCCUUUUUUUUUCUUUCUUUCUUUCUUUCUUUCUUUCUUUCUUUCUUUUUUUUUUUUCUUUCUUUCCUUCACCUUUCUUUCUUUCUUUUCUUUUUUUUCUUUCUUUCUUUGUUUUUCCACCAUUCUUUUUCUUUCUUUCUUUCUUUUCUUUUUUCUUUUUUUUUCUUUUUAUUUUUUCUUUCUUUCUUUCUUUCUUUCACCUUUUUUUUUUUUCUUUUCUUUCUUUCUUUUUUCUUUCUUUCUUUCUUUUCUUUCUUUCUUUUCUUUCUUUCCUUUCUUUUUUCUUUCACCCUUAUUUUUCUUUCUUUCUUUCUUUUCUUUCUUUUCUUUCUUUCACCUUAUUUUUCUUUCUUGCUUUCUUUCUUUUCUUUCCUUCAAUUCUUAUUUUUUCUUUCUUUCUUUCUUUCUUUUCUUUCUUUCUUCUUUCUUUCUUUCUUUAUUUUUUUUUUAUUUUGUCUUUCUUUCUUUUUCUGUAUUUUGUCUUUCUUUCUUUCUUUAUUUUGUCUUUCUUUCUGUCUUUCUUUCUUUCUUUAUUUUUUUUUUCUUUCUUUCUUUCUUUCUUUCUUUCUUUCCUUCUCCUUUAUUUUUCUUUCUUUCUUUCACCCUUAUUUUUUUUUCUUCUUUCUUUAUUUUUCAUUUUUUUUUUUUUUUUUCUUUCUUUCUUUCUUUCUUUUUUCUUUCUCUCGUUCUUUCUUUCUUCCUCUCUCUCUCUCUCUCUCUCUCUCUCUCUCUCUCUAUCUAUCUAUCUAUUCUGUUUUGUUUGUACCUAUCUGUUUUGUUUGUUUGUCGCAGUCAUUUUUUCAUGUUCUUUCUUUCUUUCUUCUUUCAUCUUUUACCUAUCUAUCUUUCUUUCAAUUUUAUUAUUUUUUUCUUUAUUUCUUUCUUUCUUCCUUUAUCUGUUUUUUUCAUUCUUUCUUUCUUCUAUUCAACUUUCUUUCUUUUCAUUUGUUUCUCUGUUUCUUUCUUUCAGUUUUUCUUCAUUUUUCUUUCUGUUUAUUUUUCUUUCUUUCUUUUUUCUUUCUUUCAUUCUUUCUUUCUUUCUUUCUCUUUUCCAAAAUUUUUCUUUCUUUCUUUUUUCUUUCUUUCUUUCAAACACCCUUAUUUUUCUUUCUUUAUUUCUUUGAUCAAUUUUUUUUCUUUCUUUCUUUUCUUUCUUUUUUUAGAAUACUUUCUGUUUUUUAUUCAUUAGUCUGUCUUUUUUCUUUCUUUCACCCUUAUUUUUUCUUUCCUUUUUCUUUCUUUUCCUUAAUUUUUUAUUCUUUCUUUCAUCUAUCUUUCUAUUCUAUCUAUUUCAUUUUAUUUCAUUUCUUUCAAUUUUCACCUUAUCUUUCUUUAAUUCUUUCUUUCUUUCUUUCGAUCUUUCAAAUUUUUUCUUUCACCCUUAUUUUUCAUUCUUUCGAACUUUUUUUCUUUUUCUUUUUUCUCUCUUUUUUCACGACGUUUCUUUCUUUCUUUCUCUUUUUCUUUUUUCUUCCUUCUCUCUGUCUAUAUAUCUAUUUUUCAUUCAUCUAUUCAUAUCUAUCUGAAUCUUCCAUCAGUAAUUCUUUCUUUCUUUCCUUCUUUCUUUCUUUCACAGUGUUUUUCAUUAUUUUUUUUUUCUUUCUUUUCUUUUUUCUUUCUUUUUCUUUCAUCAUUAUUUUUUUUCUUUCUUUCUUUCUUUCUUUCUUUCUUUCUUUCUUUCUUUCAUUCUUUCUUUUUUCACCCUUAUUUUUCUUUCUUUCUUUCUAUCUUUCUAUCUUUCUUUCUUUCUUUCUAUCUUUCGAUGAUUUUUCUUUCUUUCAAUUUUUUCUUUUCUUUCAAAAUUCUUUCUAG